AUGGUAUUGCUUAGAGCCGCCCAGGCACGAAGUCGACCACAGCGAUCGCCUAUCAAGAAACUCGACAGUCCGGCAACGCCUAUGACCUUAAAGCCAGACCUUGAUUCGGACGAUGAGCCCCCCACUAAACGAUUGCGCACCUCCAGGAGUAACACUCAAAGAACAAGAUGGAUACCAGGUGGACGAGGAGGAGGAGGCAGACGCAUAGAUCUUGAGGGUGAGGAUAUCUUCGUAACUCCUCGUGAGAGGAAUGAGUCUCGAAAACCAAGAACGGCAAGAAGGCGCGGUGAGACAACCAGUAGAAAGACUGCCAGUGCGCGACCUGCUCCACGCACGACAAGAUCACAUAGAUCGACUGGCAGGCCCCGCUAUACAACCGCUGCCGCUGCUGCCGCCGCAACACACAGCGAUGGCUACAAGCCGAGGGAGGAAAGAGGUUGGGAGGAAUAUCAUCCUGAUCUGGAUCUGGAGUCAACCUUCGCGAUCGUCCCCUCUAAGGAAGUGGAUGGCUUUGUAGUGCCUGACACAAAAAGCCAGGUGGAUGAUGGUAUUGGUGAAUAUGGCCAGGCUGGAGAAAGCACUCCUUCGAAGAAAAGACCUGGACGUCCUUUACGCACUCAGUCGUCUAUGUUGCAAUCCCUGCUUACACCAGAGGCUCCCAAAUUCGUACCUCCACCAGGACCGAACCCUAGAGAGAGAUUGACUUUACCCAGACCCUCCUAUCGAAUACUUGACCCAUUUGCCCAGUACGAUGGCAAGGAGUUUCAAGCUGAUAACUUUGUGACGCCUCAUAUGGCCAAUGUCGGAUAUCAGGAGAGUGAAGUGUUCAUCAGACCUGAACACAUGAUCAGACAAAUGGAAGGUUCCGCAGAUGAAGACUUGGACCUCAUGCCAGACCUGGUUCACAGCGAAGGCAAUUCUGCUAUUGGCGGAAAUGGUGUCGGAAGAGUCGAAUAUGAUAUGGAUGAACAAGAUGUAAGAUGGCUGGACGCCUUGAACAAGCUGAGGGUAGAGGAAGGUGUACAUCCUAUCAAGCCCGCUGUCUUUGAGAUUACUAUGACCAAGGUCGAGAAAGAGUGGCACGCACUCGAAAAGCGAAUCCCGAAGCCAAACCCAAAGGCACCCCAGACACAAAGACCACGUUCAAGCUCAGCCGCUGCAGUCAACGGCGAACCUGGACCUGACGCUGAGCCAGAUAGUAAAUGUGCUAUUUGCGACGAUGGCGAUUGUGAAAAUGCUAACGCAAUAGUAUUUUGCGAUGGUUGUGAUCUUGCGGUACAUCAAGAGUGUUAUGGCGUGCCAUACAUUCCCGAAGGUCAAUGGCUCUGUAGAAAGUGCCAAUUGGUUGGGAAUGCUCGGCCAAGUUGCAUCUUUUGUCCGAACGAGGGCGGUGCCUUUAAGCAGACGAACAACUCAAAGUGGGCACACUUGCUUUGUGCUACAUGGAUUCCAGAGGUCACCAUUGGCAACCCGUCAUUGAUGGAGCCAAUCACAGACGUGGAGAAAGUGCCAAACAGUAGAUGGAAGCUCAGCUGUUACAUUUGCAAGCAGAAUAUGGGUGCCAGUGUGCAAUGUAGUGACGCACGUUGCUACGAGCCAUUUCACUUGACUUGUGCUCGACAAGCGGGACUCUAUCUGAAGAUGAAGCUUGGUGGUGGUCAAAACACCUUGAUGGAUUCAACACAGCUUCGGGCAUAUUGUCACAAGCAUUCACCUGCCGACUGGAAAGCCGAACACCGGACCGACAGGGCGUUCGAGAAGGCGGUAAGAUAUUUCAGGCAUCAUUUCGCUGGCCAGAUCUGGGCCGACAGCAAAUCAUCUGCUCUUGCUAUGACCGAUACCACUAGUAGCUUUAACGCUGAACAAGGACCACGAUUGACCUUGACUAAUAAGAAAGGUACGAAGGCCAAGAGUAUAUGGCGUCUACCUUCCGGUGCACCUGUGAUUCCGGAGGUCAUACUAAAAACAAUCGAGGAGUCUUUGCAGAAACUUGGAGUCCAUAAGCGGAACCAGUAUGUCACCGAAAUCUGCAAGUAUUGGACAUUGAAGCGAGAAGCACGUAGGGGUGCUGCCUUGCUCAAACGACUGCAAUUGCAGAUGGAAACUUUCAGCUCUUUCGAAGUCACACGACGAGACUAUAGGGCUAUGGGUGCUGCUGGCCGUGCCAGGCUUGAACGCCGUAUCGAAUUUGCUGAGCUACUUGCCAAAGAUCUUGAGCGUAUCAGAGCUAUCUGUGACCAAGUCAUGAAGCGAGAGGAACAAAAGCUGGAAGAAGCUCGACUAUUACAACAAGUUGUUGAUACCAUCUACUUUCCUAUCGGUGCACUUCUGGUACCUGUGGUCGACAAAGCUUCAUUUCUGGAUAGAGGUGUCUAUGGUGAGGCGCUGUCCCAAUUACGGCUGCGUAUCAAGAACCGCCACUACAGUGCUGUCAGUACUUUCUUUACGGACUUCGCCAAGAUCUUCGAGGAUGAUGUCGGUUUUGAUGCUUCUGAUAUGUCUAAUGAGCAAGCACUGCGACAAAGGCCGACCACACAACUCGACGAUCCUGAGCAGCGUGAGCGACGAACUUUGGCUCGUCGUAUAAUCAAGGCUGCCUAUCCUCUUCUUUCAGCUGCUCUUAGAAAGGAGUCAGAACUGCUUGGAAGACCUUUCGAGCAACAAAUGAAAGAGAUGGAUGAUCUUCUUUUCUCGCGGAGGGUAGCGCUCAUGGACGGCCUUGACAGUACUGUGCGUGUUGAUACUGGCGAUGCCACGCCUGACCAGGACAUUGACAUGGCAGAUGCCACAGCAAUGGGUAAGAAUGAGCUUCAGGACAUCCCUAUGGAUUCUAUCGAGAACUACGAUGACUCGGGUAUGGAAGUGGAACAGCAUGUAGAGCAUACGGCAGCCACAGCGGCAGAACCUACUGGCCAUAGUGGCCUACUGAAGCCCAACGGCAUUGUCGUGCACACACCACCAGCUUCGACUAAUGGUCACAUCAAGCAAGAUACUGCGCUUGUUACAGGCACGAUUCAAGCAGAUGGUGAAACAGUACAGCCACCCACUCCUCCAAUCAGCACUAAAGGCAACAGCGCAAACAAUCCCCUUGUUCAUGGGGGUAUUCCUUGGUAUGUCGAAGCUUUUGACCCAUGGGGUACCACAGUCAACGAAGAGCGAUGGAUUGGCAAGGACGUCCUUCGUGACCUCAGUGAAGAGCUUAGCGACAUGGAUGAAGGAGAUUUGCAGGACCUCGUACGUGAGAACACGGACGAGGUGAUUACCAAAACUGGUGGGGUCGCGGCUGACAGCAUGAACGGAAUCAGCAAUAGCGCAGGACUUGGGAAGGGCUGGAGGAAGGGUAGAACUGGAAGUGGAAAGAAGCGCAAAAGCACAACCACUAGAACGACUAGGGCGCGGCGAUAG